CAGGAAAUAAGGUAUGUUCCUUCUGUUGGAUACUUUUUUUUUUACAUGUAUUUUUACUUUUAGUAAUUAGGGACUGUCAUCAAUGAGUGGAAGACAAUAGAGUGAAGACUACAGAUAUGAUAUUUGAGGCCUAACAAUGGCCAACUUUGGAGGACAUGCCAUUCCCGGCUCUUUUUUCCUGCUCCUUGGCUUCUGGCUAACGGUGAAAUACAUUCUCCAACACUACUGGAGGACAAGUCAGCCCAAAGGAAGACAGAUUAUGCCCCCUUUCUCUAAACGGAUGCACUACUUGGAGGGAGGAUGUCUAAUAUUUGGUGCAUUUGUAGGUAUUAUGGUUGAACAGUUUGUGGUGGAUGGUCCACAUGCUCACCUCUACGACACAGCGAACCACUCAUGGGUCAAGCUGAUGAACUGGCAGCAUGGCACAAUGUAUCUGUUCUUUGGGAUAUCUGGAAUAGCAAUUGUCGCCAGCACUGCAUCCAAACUGGUGCCGGUUGGUGUUGACCGCCUUUCUCUGUCAUUGGCUCUUUUUGUUGAAGGGUUUCUGUUCUACUACCACGUGCACAUGCGCCCCCCUCUGGACGCUCAUAUCCACUCCCUGCUGCUCGUUGCUGUCUUUAUUGGAUCGGCCAGCUUCAUGGUGGAGGUGUUCAUAAAAGACAACAUUGUUUUGGAGCUGUUCGGGGCAUGCAUGUUCAUCCUGCAGGGCUCAUGGUUCUACCAGAUUGGGUUUGUACUUUACCCAUUGAGGGGGCCGGUGUGGGACUUGAAGAUGCAUGACAACAUCAUGUUCAUCACAAUGUGCUUCUGCUGGCAUUUAGCUGUGGCCCUUCUUUUAGUCACUUGCACCUCUUCUUUCGUUUGGUUCACAGUGAAGCGAUUCUCAGAAAAGGGACAGGACAUUGAGAUUGGAAUGCGAAAUACAUCCUCGAAAACGAGCUCCCAGAAAGCUUUGCUUGAAGAGUCGGAUGAAGAAUGAAUGCAUGGUUACUAGAUUUCAUUUUAAAUGUUGAUGGUGCAUGAGACCGAGUCUGCUGUUUUGUACAAAGUAAAUUCUGUAUAUAUGAUAUGAUCUGUUGAAGUUCCUUUUUAAAAACAGAAAAGUACAAGUUACAGAAAUUAUAAACUUGGGUGUAUGGCUCAAGAGUAUGGCCAGCUAUCAA